UGACCACAAAUUCUCCCACCACCAGCCGCACGCCACACGUGUGUUCGAAUGGUAAACACGCGCUGGAGUUUUGAUUAGUUUUUAGAUGGAAAAAAAAUGGGUGCAACCAAGAACCUGGACUUGAUUGGCACCAUCGAAGAAGAUGCCGAAGUAGAGAACCUGUCGGAGGACUCCGAUGCGGAAGUGGAGUACCAACCCACCAAACUGAGGCACAAGAAGGUGACAGAGUUUGAAAAAGGCUUUGAGUUCGUGUCCUCGGUAAAGGAGUACAACAAAGACACCUGGGACGAUCUGAUGAAGUAUGUGAAGAGGAAGGCGCGCACAAAGACGGACGACAAGAUCGCCGCGCGUUUGCAGAAGAGAGGUGGCGCCGACGCAGUUGCCGCCGAGCAGAGCGAUGGGAGUGAGAUAGAUCUUUCCGAGGACGAACUGAAGCACGACAACCUGCGGCUACGGGAGAAAAAACAGUCGAAAAACAAGAAGAAGAAGGCCGGCGAGGAAGAAGAGGAGGAGGAGGGCGAAAAGAUGCAGUUUGACGACACAGUGGAAGCCGACGGCCAGAUAACCUCCUUCUACCAGAUGAAUCUGUCGCGUCCCCUGAUGCGUGCCAUCGGAGUGCUGGGCUACAUCUAUCCCACACCCAUUCAGGCCUCCACGAUUCCGGUGGCUCUCCUCGGUCGUGAUAUCUGUGGCUGCGCCGCCACGGGAACGGGAAAGACGGCAGCCUAUAUGCUGCCAACCCUAGAACGUUUGCUGUAUCGACCUCUGAACAACAAGGCAAUAACCAGGGUACUGGUUCUAGUGCCCACCCGUGAGCUGGGCGCCCAGGUCUACCAGGUGACCAAGCAGUUGUGUCAGUUUACCAGCAUAGAUGUGGGCCUGGCCAUCGGUGGCUUGGAUGUUAAGGCCCAGGAGGCGGUUCUGCGCCAGAAUCCCGACAUUGUUAUUGCCACGCCAGGCCGUCUCAUUGAUCACAUUAAAAACACGCCCAGUUUUACUUUGGAUUCCAUUGAGGUUCUCAUUCUGGACGAGGCAGAUCGUAUGCUAGACGAGUACUUCGCCGAACAGAUGAAGGAGAUCAUCAACUCCUGCUGUAAAACACGUCAGACCAUGUUGUUUUCCGCCACAAUGAGCGAGCAGGUCAAAGAUCUGGCAGCCGUUUCGCUAGACAAGCCUAUAAAAGUGUUCGUGAACAACAACCAGCAGGUUGCCUUUAAUCUGCGCCAGGAAUUCAUUCGCAUACGUGAGGAUAAGGAGGGCGAUCGAGAGCCCAUUCUGGCUAGUUUGAUUUGCCGCACUUUCCAUGACCACUGCAUGGUGUUUGUGCAAACCAAGAAGCAAGCCCAUCGGCUGCACAUUUUGCUAGGUCUCCUGGGUGUUAAAGCUGGUGAACUGCACGGCAAUCUUACCCAGCAACAGCGUCUGGAGUCGCUCAAAAAAUUUAAGGAAGAGCAGAUCGAUGUGCUAAUCGCCACCGAUGUGGCUGCUCGUGGUCUGGAUAUUGUGGGCGUGAAGACUGUCAUUAACUUUGUGAUGCCCAUCACCACAGAGCACUACAUCCAUCGUGUUGGUCGUACCGCUCGUGCUGGACGUGCUGGUAUCUCCGUUUCGCUCGCCGGCGAAAAGGAACGUAAGAUAGUGAAGGACAUCAUCAAGAAUGCCGAGAGCACCAUCAAGAAUCGUAUUAUUCCGCCGGAGAUUAUUGAAAAGUACCGAAACAAGCUUACGGGUCUGGAGCCGGAGAUUCAAAACAUUCUGGACGAGGAGCAGGCUGAACGGCAGCUAGCCAAAACUGAGCAACAGUUAUCCAAAACGGAGCGCAAGCUUCUAGGCCAGCCCAAGGAGCGUCGUGACUGGUUCCAGACGAAGCAGCAGCGCGAGGCUGAGAAAGACCGCCUGGCUUUGACCACUGGCGAAGAGGAGAAGCCAGCUGGCGGGAAGGGCAAGGGCAAAACAGCUGGAAAGCGUAAGCGACCUGAGUACGGAGGUGAUGGCGAAGAUGGACCGCCGGUCAAGGAACUAGAAGCAAAGCGCCACAAGAAAAAGAAGGAGGAGCCGCGGAAGAAAACGCCCGAGCAGCUGGCUAAGGAGCGGGCAAUGAAGGAAAUUGAGAAAGUUUCCCUGGUGCGGGCCAAGAUAGCCAAGAUGCGCAAGCGUCCGGGCAAACUGGGAGCAGCUACAGAGGCCCACAAGGGCGGUGCCUCCGACAGCAAACCAAAGCGACGCGGAGCCCAAUCGGCGUUUACUAACGAUUUGACCGAUGUUAGUCGUGGAGGUGCACUGCGGUUAAGAUCCGAAGCCAAUCGGCACAAGAAGAUGACCAAGAUUGCGGCCAAGAAGAAGGUUAGCAGCGUAAAGCUCACAAACAAGGCGGGAAAGAAUAAGUUCAACAAGGGAAAGAGUUUCGGCGGACCACGAUACGCCAAAAAAGAUAAAAAGAAGUAGAAAUACAAAAAUAGUUGUAUGCAAUGUUAAAUCGUAAACUUGUAAAAUAAAACUUUUACUUCCUUAA